CUUGCUGCGACGUCCAGAGGAGUCUAUCGCCGUAUUCGACACCUCCACAGACCAGCACCAGCGCACAGAGCAACCGCGCGCCGCAUGACCGCCGCAGCCCCCGCCGCGCCGUACGCGCUCCCCAUCGCCGCGCGUCCGCCCCGCACCUGGGCGCAGACGGCGCACGCCGCUAUCGCCCUCCUUGUGUUCAUGUUCGCAGGGGCAAUGAUCAAUGGCUCGCAGUUCGCUAUCCUGCUCCCGCUAAGGCUCGUACCCGUCCGUGUGGCGCGCAAGCUGUAUUAUGAGGGGAUCAGAUACACCAAGGGCGCGUUCGGCGCGCUGCUCGUGCUCAUGUCCCAGUGGUUCGCACCGACCAAGCUCGUGCUGUCCUUCGAGACGGAGGGGAAGGGCAGGUUCACCCCGGAGGAGAUCGAGACCCUUGUACAGCGGGACCAGCAUGGGACGAUAGUCGGGCUGAACCUACCGCAGAAGACGGUGCUCAUAGCAAACCACCAGGUCUACGCGGACUGGAUCUACGCCUGGGCGCUUACGUACUACAUGGGCACGCACAAGGACGUGUUCAUCGUGCUCAAGAAGAGCCUCAAAUGGGUCCCUGUGCUCGGCUGGGGAAUGCAAUUCUUUAAUUUCAUCUUUCUUGCGCGGUCGUGGGCGUCCGACCGGCUGCAGCUCACCCAGAGCUUGUCCUGGCUCGCGCACCGCGCGGAAAAAGAGGACUCCCCGCUGACCUUCAUCCUCUACCCGGAGGGCACGCUCGUUAGCAAAGACACACGGCCCAUCAGCAAGAAGUACGCAGACAAGCUGGGCAUCCCCGAUAUGACGCACACGCUGCUUCCCCGCUCGACUGGGCUGCACUAUUCCCUGCGAUCGCUCGCGCCGCGCAUACAGAGCCUGCAGCUGCUGGACAUCACGAUGGCCUACCCAGGUAUCCCCCCGCUUCGCUACGGACAGGACUACUACACGCUACGCUCGCUGUUCUGCGACGGCGUGCCCCCGCCUGCGGUGCACCUGCACAUCCGCAAGUUCGACGUGAACCGCGAAGUCCCCAUCGGGGACGUGUCCGCAAGCAACCCUAAUGCGCUGCCGAGCGGCGGCGCGGGCACGUCUGCGGUGGAGGUAGACAUCCCCGAGGCCGAGCGCGAGGCAUUCGAGUUAUGGUUGCGGGAUCUAUGGCGCGAGAAGGAUCGACUCAUGGGGCGGUUCCUCGACACCGGCUCGCUGGACGCCCCGUCCGCGUCGGGAAAGCCCGUCGAGAUCACGGUGCCCCUGCGGCUGAAGCACGGGUACGAGGUUCUGGACGCGUUCUGCUUCUUCGUCCCUGCAGUCGCCGGGUGGGCGUGGUCGAAGGUGCGCUGAGCAGACUUACGAACAUUACGACACGGCACGAUCGCUCUCGUUAUGCGGACGCUUGGAUGUAAAAUCUUGGACAAUGUAUCCCAUCGCUUGUGGCGAUUGUAUGUCAAUUAUGAGCGGGGCGCGGUAAUAGAGUACUUCGG